UCUAGCUGCUGCCAAGCUUGCUAGCUAGCAAGCCCAGCCAGCCAUGGAUGGUCACUACCCCAAGUACCUUCUCUACGGCAUCCUCAUCCUCGGCUCAUGGCUUAUCUCCUGCCUCCUGCACUUCCAGUUCUUCCACCUCUCCGUCUUCUCCUAUCGGCCCCGCUACGGCGCGGCGCUCGUCGUCCUCCCGCUGUCGGUCCCCAUGGCGCUCGAUGCCAGCUUCCUGCCAGCUCCUUCUGCCGUCGCCGAGGAUGGCCCUCCGCGCCGGCUUUCGUCAGCAGCGUCGUCUUGCCAGGGGAGGUACGUUUACAUGCUGGAUGUGCCGUCGCGGUUCAAUGUUCUCAGAGACUGCGUCGAGGGCUCGCCGGCGUUUCAGGACGAGUGGCACGUAUGCUCCCUCAUGGACAAUGUCGGCAUGGGCCCGGUGCUCCCUCCCGCCACCGGCAACGGCAGCGACGGUGACACGGGUGUCAUCCCCAACACUGGCUGGUAUGCCACGGAUCAGUAUGCCUUGGAAGUGAUCGUGCACAACCGUAUGCGCCAGUACGAGUGCCUCACCGACGACCCGGCGGCGGCGACGGCUCUGUACGUGCCCUACUACCCGGGGCUGGAGCUCCAACAGCACCUCUGCGGGUUCAACGCCACGGUGCGCAACGGGCCGUCGUCCGAGUUCCUGCAGUGGCUGUCGGCGCGGCCGCAGUGGGCGGCCUUCGGCGGCCGCGACCACUUCAUGGUCGUCGGCAAGACCACCUGGAUGUUCCGGCACACGGAGGGAGACGAUAGCGGCACCCAGAAGGUCUGCGGAAACAACUUCCUUGAACAGCCCGUGUCCGGCAACAUGACGGUGCUCACCUACGAGUCAAACAUCUGGGAUCGGCGGGACUUCGCCAUACCGUACCCAAGCUACUUCCACCCUACGUCGGCCGGCGAGGUGUCCGCGUGGCAGGCGCGCGUCCGCGCCACAGAACGUCCGUGGCUAUUCGCAUUCGCCGGCGCACGGCGAGCCAACGGGACGCUUGCCAUCCGCGACCGCGUCAUCGAGUCGUGCGCCUCCUCGCCGAGCCGGUGCGGGUUUAUCGACUGCAGCCACGGCCUGGAGGGCAGCAUCACCUGCCGGUCGCCGCGGAGGCUCGUCUCCACCUUCGCCUCGUCCCGUUUCUGCCUGCAGCCGCGCGGCGACUCAUACAUGCGCCGCUCCUCCGUCGACGCCAUCAUGGCGGGAUGCAUCCCCGUCUUCUUCCACGAGGCGUCCACCUUCAAGAAGCAGUACCGGUGGCACGAGCCAGAUCCGGACAGCAGCGGCAACGGCGACGGCCGCCCGUACUCGGUGCUCAUCGACCCCGACGAACUCCUCGAAGGGAAGGUGGACGUCGAGGGGGUGCUAGCCAGGUACACCGACGAGGAGGUGGCCACCAUGAGGGAGGAGGUGAUCAAGAUGAUCCCGAGGUUCCUGUACAAGGACCCCAGGGUGAGGUUCGAGGGGGACACGAGGGAUGCGUUCGACAUCGCCAUUGACGAGGUGGUGGCCAGGAUCAGGAGGAUCAAGAAUGGGGAGGAGUUGGGACGGCUUGCUGCUGCUGAUGUGAUGGUUGCCAAGCGGUCCUGACACUAGCUAAUUAUUACUGUAUACGUAGGUGGCAUUUUUGCCUUUGGUGUUUGUGCUAGUUUUGUUGUUGCUACGUUGUUGUUAGUGGGAAUGCUAUAUG